AUGCAACGGUUGCCUGCCGUCGGUUGUGGCGGGCGCCUGCCGCGGCUGUUUUUUUGUUGCCCCCAACUGUCGGCGCGCGCCCUCUUCUCCUCGGUGCCGAGCAAACCGGGGCAUUCCGACGAGGACGCGCUCGGCGCAGCGGACCCGUUUAAGGCCGUUGGGGACGCGCUGCAGAAGAAGCAGGCGACGAAGGCUCAGGCGCCGCCGGACGACAUCGAUCCGGUUGCGUCCGCGUUGAACCGGCGUAGAAAUCGCCGCAAAAGAACCGUCGACUCCAUCUUUGGCGACGUGCUGCACGAUGCACUGAAGCUGCGUGACAUGGGCCACAAACCGGACGCCGACUUUGUCUACAAGCGGACGCAGGAGCGCAUGUACGAGGAGGAGUAUGGCCAUAAGCCGCCCAGCGCGAAGGACCACGCGGCGAAGUACGUUCCGUUCCCACCCGACUUGGCGCUCAACCGCCUGGUCCCGCUGGAGGCGAUCGUUGGGGAGGACCCCUGGCCGGCACGCGCCAUCACGGCGCAGAAUCCCGUCUGGACGCGGCAGCGGGUGGAGGAAGACCGGGUGAAGAACGGAGGUGCUCAGCUGCGGGCAUGGGAGGCGAAGAUGUUCGCCCCCCGGGAGGGUUUUGACCCGUGCGGGGAAUUCGUGGACGCCAUGGAGGAGCUGGCGUACUGGGAGGAGCGCUUCGUAAAGUUUAUCCGCGAAGUGCCGCUGCCGCAGCGCCGGACGCUGCCACUCCUGCAUGAGGCGUAUCGCUACAUCACCCACCGGCUGGUGAGGGCGGAGCGGCGCUACCUUGGGACGCGGGACGCGGCGCUGCGAAAGGCCCGCGCCUCGCCGUCGGUGUACAAAAUGACGGAAAGCAGCAUUGACCGCAUCCGGGGCCUCUACUCGGAGACCCACCGCUCCCUCUCGAGCCCCAAUUACGACCCCGUCCGCAUGAAGAAAUCGUUGACGGGUCCUCUGCUGCAAAUGAGUGAGGCCGAAUUUGAGGAGUGGAGAAAUGUGCGAAAACACCAAAGGAAUCGGCUUGUGGCGGAAAUUGUGUGA